AUGUCAAAAAGAUUAAGGUCGACGACGCAAAAUCAUAAUCAUGAUGAUGAUCAUGAUGAUAAUAUACCAGUCGACAUUCAAACAGAGAUCAUAAAAAGAGUUCAAGAUGUGAAACCAUUGAUUCGAUGUCGAUCGGUUUCCAAGGCAUGGAAGUCACUAAUCGAUAGCUCCAAGUUUAUCGCUGAUCAUUAUAAAUCAAAUACUAAUAAUCAUUGUAUGCUAGUAAAUUAUUAUGAAAAAAAGGUGAACAAAUAUAUGGCAUCUGUUGUGGAUGAUGAUGAUGAUGAUAGCUUCCCUCGACGCAACCUUCCCGUAGCUCUUCCCGAAUCUAUCGAUACCUCUCGGUUGUUUAACAGUGAACAAGGAAACCUUAUAGGUAUGUGUCAUGGCUUGUUCUGCUUUUAUGGUAGAGAAGAAAAAGUAGUAGAUAAUUCUUCUUCUGGAAAGGUGGCUGUAAUCUGGAAUCCAUCAAUUAGAAAAUCGGUUGCUAUUCCUUUCCCUGAUAAGUAUCACUCUCUUGCUGCCAUUAAUUUCAGCGUCUGUCCUUGUACUAUGCACCCUAAGCUUGUCUGUAUAAGACCCGCUGAAAAUUUAGCUGACAUUUAUACAUUAAGCAGCUCCUCGGGGGAUAAUUAUUGGACAAGUGUAUCUAUCAAUCUGCCUAAUAUAUCACAUAUUAGUUUCUUUUCUGAAUGGGCAGCUCAUAAGGCAGCUUUAGACGAAGGCAUUCUUUAUUGGCAUGUUUAUAAUAACUUCAAUGACCACGGUCAUAGGUUUAAUCGGAUUAUCACAUUUGAUUUGGCUAGUGAGGAAUUUGGAGAAGUUUGCCUCCCUGAUUGCUUAGCAACAACAGAUCUUGGACACGUGCUGUACUUAUCUUGUAAGCCAAAUGGGUCGUCUCUUGUUGUGAUUGCACGUGAUACUCAGGCCUUGUAUCGAGUUGGUAAAGCAGUUUCUCACGUAUGGAGGAUGGAGGAGCAUGGUUUGUUCAAGCAACUAUACACCAUUGAAGCACCGGGUUAUUAUUUUGUAAGAGGUUUCAGGAUAAAUGGUCAGGCUAUCAUAGCAAAUUCCACUUUGAAAAUACUUCAAGUUUAUGAUCCAAGCAACAGACAAAUCAAAGAUCUAGAUUUUAAUCAUAUUGGUCAUCGUGUAUUCUUCAUGGGCUGUUACAGAAAAACUCUACUUCUGCUUAAUCAUCAGUCAAUUUCAUCAUUCAUUGGUGAUUAA